GACCGAAACUAUUCAUCCAACCAAUUUUACAUUAAAAUAUUUCUAAUAUAUAACGUUUUUAUACUUUUUAUUCUAAUACUACAAUUAAAAAAAGCGGCAGUAAUUGGGACACUGGCAGUAAUUGGGACAUUUACCCUAUAAAUUUCUAAAAUUCUUAAUUGUAUAAAACAUUCGUUGUACAGACACUUUCUCCGUCCUGGAGCAUCGAAUUCAUUUAUACCGCAUGAAGGAAAUGAAGAUAAACAAGAGAGGAAGUCAAAGGAGACUCACAAUGUUAAAGGAGACCAAUCGAGAACAAUCUUAAAAAAGAAUCUUGCGGAGGAACAAACGUUAAGGAUGCGCAAAAAUUUGGAUGUUAGUAAGUAAAAUUUUCAGAAACUCUCAUUCUGAGUUUAUGUUCAAGAAAACUUUUUUACUCUGCUUUGUGUUCACAGAUGACGACGCAAAUUCCACAAAUGAUGAAGGAUUAAAGAAGGUAAUGUACAAAAUAAAUAUUGGACUGUCUCUCUCUCUCUCUCUCUCUCUCUCUCUCUCUCUCUCUCUCUCUCUCCAUCUCUCCUUCUCUUGCAAAAAAACGGAAAACCCGAAAGCCAAUCUUAUGGAUUGGUCUUCGGAGGAUGACUUAGAGAAGGAACUAUAUAUGGCUUCGUCAUCAAACAACCCAGAAGAGCAACGUAUGGAUUGGUCAUCCGAGGACCCAGAAAAGGAACGUAUGGAUUGGUCAUCCGAGGACCCAGAAAAGGAACGUAUGGAUUGGUCAUCCGAGGACCCAAAAGACAAUAAAAAUAUGGAAUGGGAGUCUGACGAUGGGUCGUCAACAGACAAUAAUAAAAUAGACUGGGAGUCAAACGACUCAAAAAACCAAAUGAUUUGUGAGCGAGUAUAUGAUAACACGGAAGAGGAGGUAUUUAUGAUACUAAAUAAUUUAAAUCGAAUAAAUUUCUGAUACACUGUACAUUGUUAAACUUACACUGUGUAAGUAUAACAAUGGAUAACAGUGUAUCAGAUAAAAAGUGUCUUGCAUUGCCAUAUUAAUAUAUGCAUUUCUUUUAACAAUUUUUGCAGUGACACGUGACUGACGUGACGUUACUGGAUCACAUUCCUCUCUCACGAAAACUAGGGAAUAUAACCUUUUGCGAAGUAAUACAAGUUUGUAUAUACACAAGCCAGAUUUAAAUAUAUUGUAUAAUGCAAGUAAAUAUAAAAUAUAAAUACAAUAUUAAUUAAAGUGCUGUACAUAAUAUAAUAUAAAUAAUACAAAUCUUUGAAAACAUACUUUCUCGACGAGAAUGGACACGUGCAGAAUCCAGAACUCCCGGCGACUCGAAGCAAGAGUCAGUUGAGUGCCCGCAUGGAGCGCGACAAUGUGAAUACAACGGAUGAGCAAUUUGACCAAUGGAUAUCUGGACUAUAACGCUUAAUUAUCUCUCUCUUGCUCAAUCGCGGUUUAUUCACGCGUCUAAUUGUAAGACG